AUGAAGUUUGUAACGGGCUAUUCUGGCGAGAAAGGUGACACUGGAUUAUCCGGGAAAAACGGUAUUAAGGGCGACUCUGGUUCAAGAGGAUCACCCGGUCAAAGAGGUCCCGUAGGUCCUCCUGGUGCAACUGGCGAGACUGGAAAACAAGGAGUAUCGGGCCCACGAGGAGUAACUGGAAAUACCGGUUCUCAAGGUCCAGUAGGUCCUCCAGGUUUGCCUGGUCUUAAAGGAGUCCAAGGAGUAAAGGGAGACAAAGGAUACCAAGGAUCACAAGGUUUAGCAGGUUUAGAUGGAAAACCGGGCCCACCAGGACAUCCGGGACCAGAUGGUCCUUCCGGAGAAAAAGGCGUCAAGGGUGGUCGAGGCUUUACAGGUCACAAAGGAGAACAAGGUGGGCAAGGGAUACCAGGACCUACCGUCGACGAGAACACAAGAAAUUUAAUGAAAAGGUGUUGUGACCCUGUAACUGGCUUUCAGUCUAUAAUAGAAGACAUUAUAGAAAAUAUUACUCAAAUGAAAAUUGAUCUGCUGAAUGGUUAUGACAAACCUGCAUUUCAUGUAGGAGGAAGUGGCGCUGCCGGAGGCUUUUCAUCUGCUAGAGGUCGACUCAGAAACAUGCAGAACGCGCUCACUGCGUACUCGGUGUCCAUGAAAACAAUGGACGUUCCAGUGUGA